GAAAACGUUUCGAUACUUUGCUUGUCGCCAAAGAAGUGUUUCUACAAAUCUACUGAAACCUCUGCCAGUUGCAGAUCUCUCUCUCUCUCUCUCUCUCUCUCUCUCUCUCUCUCUCGCAAACACAAAGCUGACAUAUAGGGUUUUGGAUCGAAGCGCACAAAUACAAUGUUUCUCACAAGAACUGAGUACGACAGAGGUGUCAACACCUUUUCUCCGGAAGGAAGGUUGUUUCAGGUUGAGUAUGCUAUUGAGGCCAUCAAGCUGGGUUCGACCGCAAUUGGGCUGAAAACAAAAGAAGGAGUUGUUCUUGCCGUUGAGAAGCGUAUCACUUCACCAUUACUGGAGCCCAGCAGUGUUGAGAAAAUCAUGGAAAUUGAUGAGCAUAUAGGAUGUGCUAUGAGUGGUUUGAUUGCUGAUGCACGUACACUUGUCGAACAUGCACGAGUUGAGACUCAGAACCAUAGAUUCUCAUAUGGUGAGCCAAUGACUGUGGAGUCUACAACUCAAGCACUUUGUGACCUGGCUUUACGAUUUGGUGAAGGUGAUGAAGAAUCCAUGUCUCGACCAUUUGGAGUGUCUCUUCUUAUUGCCGGUCAUGAUGAGAAUGGCCCAAGCUUGUACUACACCGAUCCAUCUGGUACAUUUUGGCAAUGCAACGCAAAGGCUAUUGGUUCAGGUUCAGAAGGUGCUGACAGCUCUCUGCAAGAGCAGUAUAACAAGGACUUAACUCUUCAAGAAGCUGAGACAAUUGCAUUAUCUAUUUUGAAGCAAGUUAUGGAAGAAAAGGUGACACCCAAUAAUGUUGACAUCGCCAAGGUGGCUCCUAAAUACCAUCUCUACAGUCCUUCGGAAGUGGAGGCAGUCAUCAGCCGCCUAUGAGGAGAAGAAGAAACUGUUGUCGCCAUUCUUACUUACCCUGCAUUUGUUGGGGGGAAAGGAUUAAACUGAAACCUGUUGAAGAAAGGAGUUGUUUGGUUGUCUUUUUAACUCCGUGAAUCUUGAGUUGUUUGGGACAAGUAGAACAUCAUUAUGGAGAUGGGUAUCUUAUUGAGAAAAUAUAUGCUUUGGACUUA